AUGCCACCAAGGUUUGGAGGUGCACCUUUGUGCCAGCGCUGUGAUAAAGCUGUGUAUAUGGCUGAGCAGGUGAUCGGCCCAGGUGGACCCUAUCACCGUACUUGUUUGACGUGCAUGGAAUGCAAUAAGCGACUCGACUCGACCAGCUUGACUGAACGCGACAAUCAGGCCUAUUGCAGAGUGUGCUACAAUCGAAAAUGGGGACCAAAAGGAUAUGGAUUUGCUUCGGGUGCUUCGUUCUUGAGUACUGAAAGUAAAACACCCAAGGAGAUCAUGGAAGAACAACAGCAACAGGAUCAAACGAUGAUGGGUCAAUCUCAGCAGCUCCCACCUCAACGUACCCCAACACCACCGUCAUCAUCCUCACCACAACUUCCUCCAAGGCCAACUAAUAAGCCUGAAUCACCUUCUUCUUCAUCAUCAUUAUCAUCAUCGACUCCUGGUGUACCGCUAAGUUCAUUCUGGUCUUCUCGUCCAACACCACCACCACCACCAUCUUCAUCCACGACACCUGCAACUCGUGACAUUGGUCCCAGCCCUGCUGUCCCAACAAGUACCAAACCUGCCACACCACCAAGACCUGCUGUUGCUUCUAAACCAGCCUAUCUCAACACAAGUUACGUGCCUAAAAAGGUCAACAUUGCUGUCCAAAAUGAUACAUGCACAAAAUGCGGAAAAGCUGUAUAUGCAGCAGAGUUGGCACUUGGGGCUGGAAACAAGUACCACAAGCUUUGUUUGAAAUGCAUCGAAUGCGGCAAGUUGUUGAGCUCGACCAAUAUGGUGGACAAGGAUUUUGAUCUCUAUUGCCGUAGUUGCUAUACCAAGCUUCACGGUCCAAAGGGUUGGAAGCCGUUUAUUUCCUAA